UCUCACUGAGGGCGGUUCAUUGUCAGUUUGUCUACCGAGGAACGAUAAACGUGCUUUGACUCACCUUUUUUUGCUCCGAGCUGUUCACCAUCAGGCGAAAGAAGCUAAAAUGAGGCGGGUGUGGGCUUUAGGUCUGUUCGUCGCGCUGCUGGCCUUCGCUGCAGUGCGAGCUGAGGAUGAACUGGAUGUGGAUGGCGCAGUGGAAGAGGACCUGGGCAAGAGCAGGGAUGGCUCCAAGACAGACGAUGAGGUGGUUCAGAGAGAGGAGGAAGCUAUCCAGCUGGAUGGAUUGAACGCGGCCCAGAUUAAGGAACUCCGGGAGAAGUCCGAGAAGCACGCCUUUCAAGCGGAGGUCAACCGCAUGAUGAAGCUGAUCAUUAACUCCCUGUAUAAGAACAAGGAGAUCUUCCUCAGGGAGCUGAUCUCCAACGCGUCUGAUGCCCUGGAUAAGAUCCGCCUGUUGUCGCUCACCAAUGAAGAUGCAAUGGCCGCCAAUGAAGAGCUGACCAUCAAAAUCAAAUCCGACAAGGAGAAAAACAUGCUCCACAUCACUGACACGGGCAUCGGCAUGACCAAAGAGGACCUGGUGAAGAACUUGGGCACCAUCGCCAAGUCGGGCACCAGCGAGUUCCUGAACAAGAUGACCGAGAUGCAGUCGGAGGAUCAGUCCACCUCGGAGCUGAUCGGCCAGUUCGGCGUGGGCUUCUACUCCGCCUUCCUGGUGGCCGACAAGGUCAUCGUGACGUCCAAGCACAACAACGGCACCCAGCACAUCUGGGAGUCCGACUCCAACCAGUUCUCUGUCAUCGAGGACCCCCGCGGGGACACGCUGGGCAGGGGCAGCACAAUCACACUGGUGAUGAAAGAGGAGGCUUCAGACUUCUUGGAGCUGGAGACCAUCAAGAACCUCGUCACGAAGUACUCGCAGUUCAUCAACUUCCCCAUUUAUGUUUGGGCCAGCAAGACUGAGACUGUAGAGGAGCCCAUUGAGGAGGAUGCUGAGGCAGCAGAGGAACCAGAGAAAGAGGUGUCAGAAGAUGAUGUUGAGGUAGAAGAAGAGGAAGAAGAAGACAAAGACAAGCCCAAGACUAAAAAGGUUGAGAAGACCGUGUGGGACUGGGAGCUGAUGAACGACAUCAAGCCCAUCUGGACAAGACCCGCUAAGGAGGUUGAGGAGGACGAGUACAAGGCUUUCUACAAGACCUUCUCAAAGGACAGCGACGACCCUCUGGCUCACAUCCACUUCACCGCUGAGGGCGAGGUGACCUUCAAGUCCAUCCUGUUCGUCCCCAAGGCAGCGCCCCGUGGCCUCUUUGACGAGUACGGCUCCAAGAAGAACGACUACAUCAAGCUCUUUGUCAGGAGAGUUUUUAUCACCGACGACUUCAAUGACAUGAUGCCCAAGUAUCUCAAUUUUGUCAAGGGAGUGGUUGAUUCUGAUGACCUUCCCCUGAAUGUGUCCAGAGAGACUCUACAGCAGCACAAACUGCUCAAGGUUAUCCGCAAGAAGCUGGUGCGCAAGACGCUGGAUAUGAUCAAGAAGAUGGCAGAAGAGCACUACAACGACAAGUUCUGGAAGGAGUUUGGCACCAACAUCAAGCUGGGCGUCAUCGAGGACCACUCCAACAGGACCCGCCUGGCCAAGCUGCUGCGCUUCCAGACUUCCAACAGUGACACGGUGCUGGCCAGCCUGGAGCAGUACGUGGAGCGCAUGAAGGAGAAGCAGGACAAGAUCUACUUCAUGGCCGGCACCAACAAGAAGGAGGCGGAGGCGUCUCCCUUCGUGGAGAGGCUGCUGAAGAAGGGUUACGAGGUGAUCUACCUGACGGAGCCCGUGGACGAGUACUGCAUCCAGGCUCUGCCCGAGUUCGACGGCAAGCGCUUCCAGAACGUGGCCAAGGAGGGCGUCAAGUUUGACGAGAGCGACAAAGUCAAAGAGAAGCGCGAGGCUCUGGAGAAAGAGUACGAGCCUCUCACCACCUGGCUGAAGGAGAAGGCGCUCAACGAGAAGAUCGAAAAGGCCGUGCUCUCGCAGAGGCUCACCAACUCGCCGUGCGCCCUGGUGGCCAGUCAGUACGGCUGGUCGGGCAACAUGGAGAGGAUCAUGAAGGCCCAGGCUUACCAGACCGGAAAAGAUAUUUCCACAAAUUACUACGCCAGCCAGAAGAAAACCUUAGAAAUCAACCCCAAACAUCCGCUCAUCAAGCAGAUGCUCAAACGGGUCAAUGACAACGCCGAGGACCAGACGGCGUCCGACCUGGCCACCGUCCUCUUCGAGACGGCCACCCUGCGCUCGGGCUACCAGCUGGCCGACACCAAGGCGUACGGAGAGAGGAUAGAACGCAUGCUGCGGCUCAGCAUGAACGUCCCUCUGGAUGAGGAGGUGGAGGAAGAACCAGAGGAAGAACCUGAAGAGCCAGCAGAUAAUGAAGAUGAAGAUGAUGAUGAUAAUGAAGAAGAGACCGAAGGAGCUGAGGGAGAUGACGUUGAUGAAGAAGAAACGGAGCGGCGUUUAAUUUGCUCCUACGCAAUCAUUGGACGGGCGGUUGCCAUGGAAACCCGGGGUCACAUGCUUCUUCCUCUUCAUCGCCAUGCUGCGCUUUUUUUAACCCGCACGGACCUCGGGUUUCCUCCCCCCCCCCCCCCUACCCCCGCUGCGCACAUUCGGCCUGCCGCCUCGGGAGCACCUCCGCCCCGCAGAGCGGCCCUGAUCACAGGAAUGAGUAUAGAAAUCCCCGAGGGACUGACGGAGCUGUUGCAGAGCUUUACCGUGGAAGUGCUGAGGAACCAGCCCGGGGACCUGCUCGACUUCGCCCUGCAGUACUUCACCCGACUCAAGGCCGGGGAGAGCCAUGAGUCGCACUCCAACGCCCGCGCCGGGAAAGCGGUCAAUUUCCUGGACCAGGCCGUGCGGAUCGACGCGGAGGACAGCGAGGAGGAGGAGGACGACGACGACGAGGAUUUUGAAGCACCGGUAAUAAAUCGAUUCAUCAGGAGAGCAUCAGUGUGCGCCGAGGCCUUCAACCCUGAUGAAGAUGAGGAUGACAAAGAGCCAAGGGUCACCUAUCCCAAAACAGAUGAGCAGAGGCAGAGACUACAGGAAGCCUGCAGGGACAUUCUGCUAUUCAAGAACCUGGAUCCUGAAGAGAUGUCUCAGGUGUUGGAUGCCGUGUUUGAGAAGUUCUGCGCGGAAGGGGAACACAUCAUUGACCAGGAUGACGACGGGGACAACUUCUAUGUUAUUGAAAGUGGGACCUUCAGCAUUUAUGUGAAGGUGGACGGCACAGAGAAGCUGGUGGGUUGCUACGACAACCGAGGCAGCUUUGGCGAAUUGGCGCUGAUGUACAACACUCCCCGGGCUGCCACCAUCGUCGCCAACUUGCCCGGAGCCCUGUGGUGCCUCGAUCGUCUGACGUUCAGGAGGAUCAUCGUGAAAAACAACGCCAAGAAGAGGAAGCUGUACGAGGCGUUCAUGGAGACUCUCCCCCUGCUCACGUCGCUGGAGCUCUCAGAGAGGAUGAAAGUGGUGGACGUCAUAACCACCAAAGUCUACUGCGACUCGCAGCGGAUCAUUGCGCAGGGAGACUCGGCAGAUUGUUUCUACAUUGUCGAGUCCGGCCAAGUACGGAUCACCAUAAAGAGAAGCAGGACGAAAAAUGACCAGGAUGAAGAGGAAGUGGAAAUCGCCACGUGCUCCAGGGGCCAAUAUUUCGGGGAACUGGCGCUCGUCACCAACCAGCCCCGAGCUGCAUCCGCCUACGCUGUGGGAAGCGUCAAAUGCUUGGUGAUGGAUGUUCAAGCCUUUGAGCGGCUGCUGGGCCCGUGCAUGGACAUCAUGAAAAGGAACAUUGCAAACUACGAGGAGCAGCUACUGACCCUGUUUGGAAGUAGCACCGACAUCGAGCAGCAACGCGCAUGAAAGGCGGACCACCAGUCGGCGGACGACGCAGAAGGCUCCUUUCCCCGCCCUAUGGCCAUUUUCAAACAGCUUUUCUUACAAGACGACGAUGACGAGACUUAACGGCUUGAGUGUUGGAAGUUAAGUAACGUGCGCCCGAAAGUUGCUUGAAGCCCCUUUUCCAUUCGAGUCCUCUCACCCGUGCGUCCCCCCCACCUUGUUUGCGUAUUGAACACACCGCUGGUGAAACAUGAGGUAAAAAAAUAAAUUUAAAAAAGUCGACGCGAGGGACCUUUUCUCCAUUUCUGUGUUUGACGAACGUUAGGGGUGUAACGGUACACAAAAAUGUCGGUUCGGUACAUACCUCGGUUUAGAGGUCACGGUUCGGUUCAUUUUCGGUACAGUAAGAAAACAACA